UACAAUGAAAACAACCAGAGGAGCGCUCGGAUGUGAAGCCAAGUGCGCAAACGCAAAGAGCCGUGCUUUCAUUUUGAAAUCCCGAAAGCGGAAACAGCAAAAUCAAAACAAACGUCCACAUACCCCAACAUGUCGGCCCGUGUAUGAAACAUACAUGUCGGAAUAUCAACGCUCGUGUGUUCUUCGAGUGUCACGUUAGUUCAACAACCAAGUGCGCGUUUUGUGUUGUUGUUGUUGGCGGCGAUGAAGAGCUUAGCGGCGUUGCACUCGCAACUGGCGACCAUCAUGGAGGCUCUGACCCGGGCUGCGGUGGCCGAAAUGUGCCAGCUGGUGGACAACAGCUACGCCGUCUUCCAGAUGGAGAUAAGCCGCAGCCGCAAGGAGAACGACGAGCUCCGCAGGAAGCUCGCGCUCAUCGAAACCAUCGUCGCCCGCGGUGGCGGCGCCGCAGCUGCGGUCUUGGGCGCCGGAAACCCAGAGGAAACCAACGAGGAACCCGGCAACGUGCAUUUCCCGUCAUCAGGCGUGGUCGACAGAUCGCCGAACGUCUGCAAUGGGCGGAGAAGUGGACCCCGUUUGUUGUUAGCGCCAUCAGCAGAAGCCGCGCCGUCAGCUGCAGAGUUGGUGUCGCAGGACACCUCAUUUGCUGAUGUUUCGAGGAGCGAAGAAGACGUGUUUCCGGUCAAACAGGAAGUGGCGAGUGACAAGGACAAUAGCGGCGAGCUGCUUCAGGAUGAGGACGCAGAAACGGUGUCGCAGCAAGCCCACCCUAAAGCCGGUCCCUCCGGAAUUGUUGCUACCACCUCGUCGGCCGAUUUCAACCCUUGGGAACAAAACGUCAACACGCCGCCUCAAGGUUCGCUGAGCUUUCCGGGUUCCCCGGGCCUCGCCCGAGACAACUCCUCGGACGUGGUCUACGACAUUGCGUCGGAAUCCGACGGAGAAAUCUCAUCGGCGAGGAAAAGCUCGGCCUUGCUUUCAGGAAGUCCCGACCAGGCCUUGGGUUUACCCAGCCCCCGACCGGGAACCGGUGAGCCGGACCGCUGCUCUCCGUGGGCCAGUCAGGGCCUGCCUUGCAUCCUGGCCCUGCCCCGCCGCCCCGCGUCCGACUUGAACACCGCCUUCCCUUUGGCUCUGGGGUUAGCGGGGCCCCGAUUGGACACUGUAGACCGGAGCCGCUUGCGUAGGGACCGGCGUUUCGUCUGCAACUACUGCGGCAAGUGGUUCUCAUCGGCACGCAGCCUGGAGACGCACGUGCGCGUUCACACGGGCGAGCGGCCGUACUGCUGCGGCCAGUGCGGAAAGCGCUUCACGCAAUCGGGCCACCUGAAGACGCACCAGAGCGUCCACACGGGUGAGCGACCGUUUGCGUGCCACCGCUGCGCCAAGCGAUUUGCUGGGAAGCAGAACCUGAGGAUACACCUGCAGAAGCACCACCCCGGAGCACAACAAGAAGGGUGAAAUGCUUCCUGGGGCGACUCGCCAAAAUAAAAGAGAACUGAUUACAUUUGUUUCAUUGACGCUGAAAAACGGAAUCUCACCAAGACGUUAUAGAACUUGUAGAUUAAUAAAGAAGCAUUUAUGUGUGUUAGCGUGA